GAAGCCGUAGACGCUUGUCGAAUAUGACACAACCUAAAUUGAAAAAAACACUAUAACUGACACGCAUCUGAACCAAUCAGCGCAGAGUUUGACUGACGAUGAACAAAUCAGACAUGUAAGAAGGCGGAGCUAAUCCGAUCUCCAAGACGGGGAGACUGUUACUGCUAUCAAGAGUGUCAAAUGGAUGCUCUCCGCCAACACGUUUAGUUUUAUUCAUGAAUUAACUUGGACAAGAAAAGGUGACCACGCCGAGGUUUAUAUAACUACUUUCCGCUUCAUCUAAUGAUAUUUUUCAUAAACAGACAAAGGAUUUCAUUGAGUUUUACACCGUGUUUUGGACAAUCCCAUCCCAUGUUUUUGGAAGAAGAGGAAGACUCCAACCUAAAACACAGCAUCUUUUGAUGGAUGAAAUGGAUGAAAUGCCUUGACUUCGGCGACAGCAAAUAAUGUCAGGGUUAGUCUCGCUCGUGGGUUUGGUGGCGGUGCUGAAGAAGACCCACAUGAACCCCCGUCCCCAGAGUGCUUUGGUUCUGGGAAUGACCCUGUUGUUGAUAAACCUGAUUGCUGCUGAUUCACCUGUUGCAGAUGUUUCUCUCUUCGGCUCUCCACACCAUGCUGAGAAAUUUCUUGACAAUAUUCCAAUCCCAAGAAGAUUAUCAUUAUCACCCUCAAGAACCACUCGGACCGGUCCAGUCAAUCCUGAAUUGCAAUAUGAAUCUCUAACACCCGUUGGCCUGGACGCAGAAGAACCACAUCCUCUUUUGCCGUCGUUGCAUCACUCUCAGAUGUUUUUGGGAUCUCUUUCCGUAUCUCGAAUGCAACCUCAGUCGAAUGUAUCAAGACCCUCAUCGUUCAAAAAACCGACGGUGUCACAGUUUAGUUUUCUAAAGGAAGUACCUAAAGUCUCACUGGAACCUGAGCCGAGUGAAAUUCAGAACGAGAAUAAACCGGAAACGGUUCUGCCCAACUCACACGAACUUCUAGCGCCUAGCUACCACGUACCUUUAACCGGCCUCCACCUUGCAUCACCUUCGUUUCAACCAACCGAGGCUCCCCCGGAGUACUUUUAUCCCUCUAAUACUAUGGACUUUGACUGGGGGUCUGGGGAUUACUUGGAGACAAUGGCAUUCCUAAGUCCAGAAGAAGAGGACUUCUCUUUGGUCACCAAAGUUCCCGAUACAUACGAUCAAGACGACGAUACAGAAAAAUAUGAUACAGCUUUCCCUUCCAGAGUGGGCGCAUCUUUUUCAUCCUUGCAUCAUCUUCAUAUUCGGCCAUCUUAUUCGUCCCUUCAUUACACAAUGUACGUUACUCCGACUAUUAGCAUUGACACGAUAGAAGUAUCGAACAUUGAUUGGUCGGAUACUUACAGUAUUCAACCGACAGAUGUCCUAUUACCGGAUAUGAACAGCUUGGAAUAUUACACCACCCAACUCACUAAGGACAGCGCCGGUUCAGGGAACGAAGACGAACAAAGAGGGAACAUCACCGUAGUGCCCAUGGGUACACCGGACACAACACCUAGCAAUAGCAUCGCCGAUGAUACAACUGAGGAUGACACCCAUAAUAGCAGUUUUAAUGUCUCGAAGUCUUUUUUGGACCGUUCCAUCGUCGCAACGUCCCUUCUUGAACCAUCUUCUCCCAUUUUGCCUACUUUAAUAUCGACCACACAUCGAUCUGCAGGUACUCGAACUCUUGGCCUGCUUACGGAAUUCUGGCCGGAUGAUGUCAUGCCUUCUUUGUCUCUCACGGAUGUCCAAUGGUUUGUCACAGAACCCUUACCGCAAAGCACCAUACACUCAACUCCUGUAUUAACCGCAACAGUCGCUUCUUCCUCGAGUCCUACCGAUAUUGAGGCGGUUCUCAAUAUCACUUCGAUUUCAUCCAAUGGCACUACGGUGCCCCCCGUUAUGCUAGGUGAUCAGGGGGUGACUACAGAUGAAUUUGACAAUCCAGCCACAGUGAUUUUGAUUUCAAGCGACACCGACGCUAAUACCACGCCGCCGAUACCCACGUCUACCGAUGCCAACGCACGUUUUCAUCAGGAAACAACCGGAAUUGCUGUUAAUGUUACCCCUGUCACACGUGGUGGGAAGCGGAAUACAACUCUGACAUCCAGACAGUACCUCUGCAACCUUGACAAGCCGGAGUAUCUCAUUAAAAUCGGUUUUCCCUUGGGAUACACUCUUGGAUAUGCCAGAUCCCAAGUUGGAGAGAUCCUGAAACAGCAAUUCAACAAAUCGCUUGAGUUACAGGUUAUCGAACCACCACCAAAGUUUGCGUUUCGGGUCGUAUCAGGUCCGGUUGUGUACACAGCCAUCUCUGUCAUUAAUGCCUUACGACGGUCAGGACGCCGCUUCUUGUCCGUGUCUCCCAACUGGUCUGUACCGGAUACUAAAUAUGAAGUCCACACAGUGUUGCAGUUUGUCCCUCCUCAUGUUGAUGUACGCUUUUGCAACUUCAGUGAGAGUAUCGAGAGAGGUCUCGGCAUGGCUUUUGCCGAAGUGCGUCGGCGCGCCAAGGCAUCGGACAAUUUCAUAGUGCAGAUUAUAAAUAUUACCAUGGCGGUCCCUGAAAAUCAACAACGAGCGGGGAGGUAUCCGGUGGACAUCACCUUCACCGUACGCAACAACAGAGGUUAUCUAAUGGGGUCAGAGGUCAGCAACGCCCUCAUGAAGCUCGCCAAGGUGGAAUUCAGUUAUUACAUCGGAUAUCCCGUCUUCCAGAUUGCCGAGCCUUUCCAUUAUCCGGAGUUGAACACCAGCCAGUUCCUGCGCUCCUCCUGGGUGAGAACAGUCGUUCUGGGAGUGGCGGACAGCGAAGUGGGACAGCGAACAUUCCAAGCCAACAUUGAGCGCCGGGUGGCCAUGUUACUCGGGGAGGCCAUGGGAUCCGUCAGACGUGCCAAGAGAGCCACCAGCGUGGGCAACAGCAGCGUUCAGGUUGUGAGCAUGAACCGGCUGACGGGAACCGACCAUCCCUUGGAAGUGGUGUAUUUUGUGGAAGGCCCUGACGGUCAGAGGAUCCCUGCCGUCAAAAUGGCCGACAUCCUCAAUAGCCUGGACGUCCAAAAGGCCGCCAUCAUCUUGGGAUAUCGCGUUCAGGGCAUUUUGGCACAACCCGUGGAGAAGGGACCAUCCCCGCCUUCCGACACGGAGAACCCCAACAUGUGGCUCAUUAUCGGAGUGGUGACUCCUCUCCUGGUGGUCGUCGUCAUCAUUUCCAUCCUCUACUGGAAGCUGUGUCGAACGGACAAGCUGGAGUUCCAGCCCGAUGCCGUGGCUUCCAUGCAGCAGAGACAGAAGCCUGCUACCUCACUGUCCCCCCCUCCCCAGGCGCUACAUCAGCAUGGGAGGGGUGGAAAGUGUAGUGAGGAAGAAGAAGGGGGAUUUGAGGAGGAGGAGGAGGACUAUGACGGUGAAGAGGAAGAGUAUGAAGAGGAGGAAAUGAAGGAACGAUUGCCUCGUGCUAAGAGCAAAAGCAGUACACCGAGUGAUGAUGAUGAUGAUGAUGAGGAGGAGGAUAAGGAAGAAGAGGAGAGAAUGAAAGUGUUCCCGAGAGGGAGGCGGGCCGAGGAGGAGUUGCAGGCCCCCAGUGUGAAAGGCUUUGACUUUGCUAAACUGCAUCUUGGCCAGCAGAGUAAAGAUGAUGUCAUGGUGGUCCAGGAAUCCACCCCGACGGGGCCUCCGAAGGAAGGCCCGAGUCCGUCACAGAACGGGGAGGGCGCCACUCCCGUAUCUAAAAACUCCGCCUCCUCCAGCAAGGCGUCCCGUAGCAGUCGAAGACGAGAGAGGAUCUCCCCAUCAGACGGUGAUUCCAUGCUGAGUGACCGCUCCAGCAGGAGGGAAUCGACCGAAGAGAACCUGAGAGCGCAGGCCACGCCCGGCGACAGCAAGCAGACGUGGAAGGUCCCCAUCAAUGUUUUAAAUGGUCCUCCUCCUUCGAGUGGUCUCAACGAGCAGUUCUCAUCCACGUCCAUCUUCGAACAUGUCGACCGAAUGUCCCGGGCCACAGACGUCAGCCGAAGACCCCCCAACAAAGUGCAGCUAAUCGCAAUGCAACCCAUGUCGGCCCCUCCCUUGCCUCCCUCCCUCCACACUGCCGCUGCCAAGAUGGCCGAUGCCAACCAAAUGAACAAGGAGAUCCAGGUAGCGCUGAGACAGAAAUCGGAAAUGGAGCACCAUCGGAAUAAGAUCCGCUUGCGUGCCAAAAGGAAGGGACACUAUGACUUCCCUGCAAUGGAUGACAAAGAUGGCGGCCUCGGGGACGCCAAAGACCAGGAUCACAUCUACCAGAAAGCACAAAUGCAGAUGGAUAAGAUCUUGGACCAGAAUCCACAAAUCCUCAUGGAGCCCAGAAAAAGGUUUGUUCUGUUUUAUUAUUUUUCUUGGUCCAGAAAAGUGAAUUUAAGUUUAUUUGGAAGUUCCCGAGGGCGGCGUUCCCCCAAACAGCGAAUAAAGGAGCAAUCCAACGGAGGAAAAAUGGAUGCGGACAAAGAUCACCUGAUCUCCGAAGACACCGAUCCAGUCUACAGGAAGUGUCCCGGUUUCAACAAUGUGGCGUUUGUGUCGGACCCCGACCAAGCCACUCACGGAAGCCCGUCCCCCACCAAUGACGUCUUCCUCGGUACCCCCUCCUCACCUCCCGGCCACGCGCCCCCUCCGCCCCCUUACAUGCCCCCGCAACCCUCCAUCGAAGAGGCAAGGCAGCAGAUGCAUUCACUGCUGGACGACGCCUUCGCACUCGUGUCGCCGACCUCUCAGGGCAGCUCGGCCGGGGUCACUCUUCCAGGGGUCGGUGUCAACACUUCAGACUUUAGCCCACCAGGUCGGGGCCCCAGAUCUUGGGGCCCCUCCUAUCAAGGAAUCGGCCCUUACACUAGUAGAUUCAGUGACCUGGGCGUGUCUCCUCCGCUGAUACAUGGUCCUGUACCAAGGCAGGAUCGUGGUCUGAGCUACAUCCCCCCAGUCGAGGCAGCUGGACCAGGGGACCAGGUCCAGAUCACCAACCUUUACCCCAGCAGGGGACUCUAUGCUGACGAGCUCCCCACGGCAGCCAGACCACGACCAGUAGGGGGCACUGCAGGCGGCCAUCUUCAUCAUCUUACACAGGUGGGCUUGUCCAGCCGGAUGAAUGGUUAUCCAGCGGGGGUCAGAGGUCACCCGGGACAGAACGGAGGCAUCAGCUGGAGCAACUACCAAGACGACAAUUACUGCAGAGCCGUGCCGGAUAACAAUGCAAUGCCCAGGAGUGUCCUCAGGGAGCCGACGGCGCCCCCUUCCCACCCGGACCCCGCGUUAGACUACCUACCAUCCCCUCUCCCGGCGGCCCCCGCCCCCCCCACCCAGUCCUCGGCCUCCCUGAUCAAGGCCAUCCGGGAGGAACUGUUGCGGCUGUCACAGAAACAAGGCUCGUUGUCCAGCUACCACAGCUGAGGAACGCUGCUUGCUAGCGUGACCGUGCUUCCCAUGGAAGUCCCAUCCAGAGAGAUGAUCCUCCUUAUUAUUAUUAUUAUUAUUAUUAUGAAUUAUUUCGGUAUUCAUUACACGAUUCCGUCACCACGGGACAUCAAAAAUUUGGACCUAGAUGACAUAUCAUUAGUGUCAUGGAUCACGUUUUUUUUUUUAAUAUGUUUUUUUAUGAAAUAUUUUCUGCCAUGAUGAGCCAUGUUUUGCCGUGACACUGUGAAGAUGAUCACAUGACCCACAGAAAGGUCAUAGUUCACAGGCAGCCUACUUUUGGGUCUUUUGUUUUGGGUUUUAGAAAUAAAUUGCGACAUAAAUGCCUUCAUCGUUACGGUGAGUACUGUACUGUACGUGUAAGUACUCGGAUGAUAUCGGUAGUACUUGGUAGUACGUAGGUUUUUUUAACCAUGAACGUGUUUACUAAAUCACCAUGUCUUGUUCAUUCAUUCAUUCAGUUUUUUCCUUAUGAGGGUCGCGGAGGGUGCUGGAGCCUAUCCCAGUUGUUUUCAGACGAGAGGUACAGGUACACCCUGGACUGGUGGCCAGCCAAUCACAGGGCACAUAUAGACAAACAACCAUUCACACUCACAUUCAUAACCUAUGGACAAUUUUGAGUCGCUAAUUAAGCUAGCAUGUUUUUUUUUUUUGGAAUGCCACACAGAGAUGGCCGAGGGUGGAAUCGAACCCGGGGCUCCUAGCUGUGAGGUCUGCGUGCUAACCACUCGACUGUCAUGCAGCCCAUUAUUAUUAUUAUUAUUAUUAUUUUAUUUUAUUUUUUUUUAGCUAGCUCGUAUUAACUCCUUUCUGGUGUUAGAAUGUACAAAAAAUGGAAAUAAAUAUGUGUUCAUGUUUCACAUAAGGAUUGGGAAUAAUGGCCAAUAUUCCCCCAGAAGUGCACUUCUACAUCUAUAUAAGGUAUUAUUAUUAUUAUUAUUAUUAUUAUUUUAUUUAUUUCUUUUUUUUAUGGCUAGCUCAUAUUAACUCCAUAUAAAUAUAAUCUAUAUAAGGGAUUAUUAUUAUUAUUAUUAUUUAUUAUUUUGUUUUUUUUAUUAAUUUUUUAUAGCUAGCUCGUAUUAACUCCUUUCUGGUGUUAGAAUGUACAAAAAAUGGAAAUAAAUAUGUGUUCAUGUUUCACAUAAGGAUUGGGAAUGAUGGCCAAUAUUCCCCCAGAAGUGCACUUCUACAUCUAUAUAAGGUAUUAUUAUUAUUAUUAUUAUUAUUUUAUUUAUUUCUUUUUUAUGGCUAGCUCGUAUUAACUCUAUAUAAAAUAUAAUCUAUAUAAGGUAUUAUUAUUAUUAUUGUUAUUAUUUUUUUUUUGUUUGUUUUGUUUAGCUAGCUCGUAUUAACUCCUUUCUGGUGUUAGAAUGUACAAAAAAUGGAAAUAAAUAUGUGUUCAUGUUUCACAUAAGGAUUGGGAAUAAUGGCCAAUAUUCCCCCAGAAGUGCACUUCUACAUCUAUAUAAGGUAUUAUUAUUAUUAUUAUUAUUAUUAUUAUUAUUAUUUUAUUUAUUUCUUUUUUUUAUGGCUAGCUCAUAUUAACUCCAUAUAAAUAUAAUCUAUAUAAGGGAUUAUUAUUAUUAUUAUUAUUUAUUAUUUUGUUUUUUUUAUUAAUUUUUUAUAGCUAGCUCGUAUUAACUCCUUUCUGGUGUUAGAAUGUACAAAAAAUGGAAAUAAAUAUGUGUUCAUGUUUCACAUAAGGAUUGGGAAUGAUGGCCAAUAUUCCCCCAGAAGUGCACUUCCCCUUUAAGGGAUGUGUUACAUCUAUAUAAGGUAUUGCUUCAUUAAUUCCUAAAUUGUUUGUGGUAAUCCCGUCGCCGUGACAACGAGAAACAAAUUGGGAAAAAUGAUAAAAAUAAAUGAUAAAAAUGUUAGCAUGAGCUGCAAACUCCACACAGAGGUUGCCGAUGGUGGAAUUGAACCCUGGUAUUUUUAUAGUUAUUUUUUUUUAUUUCAUUAUUAUUAUUAUUAUUUUAUUUAUUUUUUUUAGCUAGCUCGUAUUAACUCCUUUCUGGUGUUAGAAUGUACAAAAAAAUGGAAAUAAAUAUGUGUUCAUGUUUCACAUAAGGAUUGGGAAUGAUGGCCAAUAUUCCCCCAGAAGUGCACUUCUACAUCUAUAUAAGGUAUUAUUAUUAUUAUUAUUAUUAUUAUUAUUAUUAUUAUUAUUAUUAUUAUUAUUAUUAUUAUUAUUAAUAAUAAUAAUUUUAUUUUAUUUUAUUUUUUUAUUAUCAUUAUUAUUAUUUUAUUUAUUUCUUUUUUAUGGCUAGCUCGUAUUAACUCUAUAUAAAAUAUAAUCUAUAUAAGGUAUUAUUAUUAUUAUUAUAUUUAUUUCUUUUUUUAUAGCUAGCUCGUAUUAACUCUAUAUAAAAUAUAAUCUAUAUAAGGUAUUAUUAUUAUUAUUGUUAUUAUUAUUAUUAUUUUUCGUUUUGUUUAGCUAGCUCGUAUUAACUCCUUUCUGGUGUUAGAAUGUACAAAAAAUGGAAAUAAAUAUGUGUUCAUGUUUCACAUAAGGAUUGGGAAUGAUGGCCAAUAUUCCCCCAGAAGUGCACUUCCCCUUUAAGGGAUGUGUUACAUCUAUAUAAGGUAUUAUUUUAUUUUUUUUAUUUUUUAUUUUUUUUUUCAUUAUUAUUAUUUUUUUUAUGGCUAGCUCAUAUUAACUCUAUAUAAAAUAUAAUCUAUAUAAGGUAUUAUUAUAUUUAUUUCUUUUUUUAUACCUAGCUUGUAUUAACUCCUUUCUGGUGUUAGAAUGUACAAAAAAUGAAAAUAAAUAUGUGUUCAUGUUUCACAUAAGGAUUGGGAAUGAUGGCCACCAUUCCCCCAGAAGUGCACUUCUACAUCUAUAUAAGGUAUUUUUUUUAUGGCUAGCUCGUAUUAACUCUAUAUAAAAUAUAAUCUAUAUAAGGUAUUAUUAUUAUUAUUGUUAUUAUUAUUUUUUUGUUUUGUUUAGCUAGCUCGUAUUAACUCCUUUCUGGUGUUAGAAUGUACAAAAAAUGGAAAUAAAUAUGUGUUCAUGUUUCACAUAAGGAUUGGGAAUGAUGGCCAAUAUUCCCCCAGAAGUGCACUUCUACAUCUAUAUAAGGUAAAUCCGUCGCCGUGACAACGACAAACGAAUUGGGAAAAUGAUAAAAAAAAUAAAUCAUAAAAAUGUUAGCGUGAGCUGCAAACUCCACACAGAGAUAGCCUAGGGUGGAAUCGAACCGUGGUCCCCUAGCUGUGAGGUCUGAGCGCUAACCACUCGACCACCGUGCCGCCACAUCAUGUCUUUUUUUUUCAUGCAGUAUUUAAAGUUUGCAUACUUUUUUAACAUAAGGUACUGUAUUUAUAAAUCAUGCUAAUGUACUUUUUAGCUUGUUUUUAUUGACUUUGUUUUGUUUCAUCGUGUGCACCAUGCAAGUCAUUAAACUGAUUGGAAUACCGGGGUUCUUCACCGAAUACAUAUUUAAUAAUUUCAUAUACAUAUGUGUGUCGUUUCAAUACCCCUCUUAUAGGUAAAAAAAAAGCGGAAGUCCGUCAUGUCCAAUGGAAGUUUUAGAUCAGAUUCCGGAAAAAAGGUCCAGGUGAGUGUUACCCUAUCGCUUAGGUCUGAAUCAGGGGUCUCAAACAUGCGGCCCGCGGGCCAAAUGUGGUGCGCAGGACACUACUUUGAGGCCCCCGCCUUGAUAUGAAAGUUUAAUGUUUUGAUACGGAUGCUGUAUGGUAUCAUGUACCCAGAUAAAAAAAAUAUUACGUUUGAUUAAUGUUCAUGUUAAAGGUUAAAUAACUGUUAAUAGUUAUCCUCACUAUGCGUGUGGAAGUGGUAAGUUUUUAGGCGAUUUAAGUUGAAAGGAAAUAACUUGAAGGCUACCGUUUAGGUCGCUAGCUGUCUAGUUUGCGAGUUAGCAUGUGGCUAAAGACGCUGCGGUUGCGCA